AUGCACCGCCACGGCGUCCUAUGCACGAAACAUCUUCGCUCGCAUAUUGCAUCGUCUCGACAUGACGCUUUCUCGCUAGACUUUGUCCGAGCGCGCUCUUCGACCACCAAAAAAUCUAGUUCUGUCUUUCAGAAGAAUGGCCGUAUGGUUGAACAGAUGACGAAAGCCGUUCUUAGCGCAGCAUCGCGUUCAGAAGCGAACUCGGGGUGGAGGCGUUCGCCUACUCGACGUGGAAAAGAGCUCGAGCUCGUCAAUGCCAUUCUCGAAGAGUCUCAAAUGCCUUCCAAAGCAUCUGUAUUUGCUGAAGCUGAGGAAGCCGAUUCAGCAGAUAGUCUGGACGUCUCCUCGACCUCUCUUCUUCCGAAACAGCUGCCUCUAGGUGUCGGGCCUGGAUCAUUUGUUCAAAUGCGUCGUAACUGGGUCGUGAUCAGUUGUAUCUUUCUCUCUGAGGACUAUUCAGGGGGCGAGCACAAGGUUUUGCUUCUCACCAUCACAGGCAAAUUGAUCUAUGGUGUCUCCGAGGACAUCAUGUACGCCAUACCCAACUUCGUUGACUCAAACCUCGUAGCUCGAAUUGGAAAAGACCCAGUAGCCACAGCCUCUCCUCAGUUGAUGGCUCGCGUCGUGGCCCUUCGCAAAUUACGCGAGUUCCACAAACUCGGGGAAGACGGAUAUAACUCACUUGCCCGGCCUUUCAGCAGACUCUUCGAUCAAGUCUGCUCACCGGAUCCUAACCAAUGGGGUGAAAUCACUGUCCCAGAAGUUGUGAAGCUCAUUGGACCGGACCGUUUAUCCCCCGAACUUGCUUCCUUCUGCCUUCACGAACAUUUAAUGACACGCUCGCAAGAGUAUGUCGCCGACAGCACAGAUUACUUUAAUACACAGAAAUUCCUCGUACGCCCGCGCUCACAUGUGGAGCGCAUCAAGACAGUGAAUGAUAUGUUAGCCAAGGAUGACCCCAGCAUCUCUAGAUUUGUGGAGAAGGCUAAAAUGAUCAUCAAUGAUUCGAGGCGGAGGGCGGAUGAGUCCAACGGAGAAAUGCCUAGCUUUUCGUCUUCACAAACACACGAAUUCAUCGACAACGACCGUAUCUUCCUCUGGUUUUUGCGGGACUCACUUCACCAGUUGCGGAGUAUACAGCUUGACCCUUAUACAGCGAGUGUCUGUGCCCUCGUGAAGGCGAUGGAUGCGUACUCUGGUGACAUCUCGACUGACACUGUCCGUCAGAUGCUGAUCGAGCUUGGGGUGUUCGCACCCUGGCAAGAUCUGGUAUCUCUCAGGGUGGAAUUCCAACUGGAGGACGAGCAUGAGGAUUCUCCACGUGCGAGGGAACGCGCAGCCCUUGUUCAAAGGGGGCUCUCUGUUUCUCCAUCUUCAGGUCCAUUAGGCCCGGAAGAUUUUUAUCCGUCUGAUCGUUUAGAAUCCAUACGACACGAUUUUGGCGACAUGCCAGUGUAUGUCAUAGAUGACUACCACGCCGAAGAGCUAGACGACGGCAUGUCUGUCGAAAUUAUCCCCAAUGAACCCGACCACUUCUGGCUACAUGUGCACAUCGCUGAUCCGACUUCCCUUCUUCAUCCCAACCACAUCCUAUCUCAACGAGCUCGCAAGGGAGGAGAGUCACAGUAUUUCAAUUACGUCACAUGGCCGAUGCUCCCUCCCUCUCUUAUGAAGUAUGGGUUAUCUCUAGGCGUCAACUCAGCCCUCAAUAAACCAGAUCGCGUCCUGACUUUCAGUGCCAAAAUCGAUCCCACGGGUGAGAUUGUGGACCACAAAGUUCGCGCGGGUCUGAUUCGAAACGUACACGUCCUUCAUUAUGAAGACGUAGACCAUUCGAUGACUUUUGAAGUAAAACGACCCACUUAUCCCUUUGGCCGUUUACCCGGCUUUCGACAGCCCUCAUCCCUUGGUCUUGCCCCCUCUGACAGAGAAAAUUUGCGUCUCUUGGACACACUGGCAAAGCGACUUUCAGCCCAACGCUUGGCGCUAAACACUGUGAUUUUUGACUCCAAGAGGGCUUCGGUAUCGUUGUCCCCUAGACCGCUCCCCUUCGGCCCAAACGACGCGCAGCGACCGAUGGCAUAUCGUGGAUUCCCAGAGCUCAGCUAUCAAGUUGGCGGGGCGGAUAUUAUUGAGACAGGAUCACGGAGGAUAGUUGCCGAAUCAAUGAAGGCAGCAGGUCGUGUAGCAUCGCGGUUCGGGCUCGAGCGAGGGAUCCCAUUGAUACGUCGUGGAUUGGAAAGGCCAUCAACCAGCAGCGAGUCUGAGUUCCAGGAGUUGCUGUCGAUGCGUAAUCAACAAGGCAUCGUUGAUUAUUGGCACGCCCUUCGACUUCACGUGUCCGUCCCCCCCGCAACAAACAGCCUGCAGCCUCAGAGACACUGGACUCUCGGGAUUUCGAGUGACGAGGGCUAUUCGUGGGUGACGUCGCCUUUGAGGCGUUACUGGGAUCUAGCGGCGCAUUGGCAGAUCAAGGAGGCACUGCUUUCCCCUGGUUCGAAGCCCAUGUUCUCAGCGGCCGAGAUGCAAGCGUUGAUCGAUGACAACGCUUCUGGGGAGCGGGUGCGGAAGAGGUUGAGAGAGUUGCAUACUGUGUUCUGGUCAGCUCUGUAUAUCAAACGAUGGAUGGCGAACAACAAGACUACGAUCAACGACACCUCUAGUCCACUGGAGGGACUUGUCGCUUAUGUGCUCGGAACAGCGAAAUACGAUCCACGUCUCGGCCUCCGUUGGCAGAAAGGAAUCGUUCCGAAGUUGGGCAUACCUGUGUGUAUCACGUUGACCAAUGGGGAGGCCGCAGAGGUAGGGGACACAGUGGGUGUGAAUAUCAGCCAUAUUGUGUUGUCUGAUCGACCAAGGGUGUAUACGACACUUGCGUAG